AUGUUGAUGUUGUACAACAUCGACCACAUUGACGAUGUCCACCUGAUAUCCUCGCUAAAGUGGACCAACAAAAGGCUCAAACCAUUUUUACGUCGUAACUUCUAUAGAAUCAUUGUUGAAAAUACUGAAAUAAAAUAUGCUGCCUUAGGAUCAAGUUGUUCAUCUUUUGCACCAUCCAAUUGUGCCUCAAGUAACUUGUUAUUAACUGAUUUAUCACAAGCAAAUAUUCGAAAUUGCGAUCAUAAAGAACAAACAGAUGCCAACAGCUGCAGCCAAUACAGCAUACAGCAUAUCUUGGCACCAAUUCAAAAUGUGAGUUCACUCAAAAACGAACGGAGACACUGUGCACCCCAGCAAUAUACGUACGAUCAAUCGUUCGUUCGUGCGUCAAAUUUGAAGAGAAGCCGUGCCGAGAAAGAAACAUUUUUGUCUCCUUCUUGUAGAAGCACUCCACUCAUCCGAGUUGAUGUUGAAAACAAGUUCAGCAAACGAAGGAAACUUGAUGAAUCGUCCUUUGUCAUGCCCUCCCCAAUUUAUCCGCCGAUGUUCAGCACUCCUCAUCUCAGUAAAUCAAGAAUGGAUUCUGGGUUCCAAAGUUUCAACGCUACAUUUUUGUAUACACCCAUGCAAACAAAUGAAGUUCUUUCUCAUUCAAGCAAGCAAAUCUUUUGGCAGGAAAAACCAGUUGAAAGGAACGUUGAACAUGUGAAUAGUGGACGAGGAAUAAAGAACCCACUACUGCAGAACCACCUGAUCAAACAGUUGCACGAAGGACAAGAUCUCAGUAAGUACAUCAUGAGCGAUAAUGAACAAAUAAAUCGAACUUAUAAUACUAACCAUAUGAUUUUCAAUUGUACAGGAGUUCGUCCAUACAAAUGCGAGCAUUGUGACAAGGCAUUCACACAACGUUGUUCACUGGAGUCACACGCGCGGAAGGUGCACAACGUUCAGUUCAAUUACAAGCACAAGGAAAGGAGAGAUAAGUUGUACGUGUGUGAGGAGUGUGGUCACUCGACGAGACAGUCUGAGGAGCAUUUUGUUCACAUGAAGGACCAACAUCCACACGUGCAUACGUCCGACGAAUGUUCAAACAUUCCUCGUCAUGAAGCUGCUAUUGCGGAUUCGCCUAAUGUCAAUCUGAUGACUAUUUUUUAA